AUGCCACUUUCUGUUUAUUUUCAUCAAGCGGUGAGUGUCGCAUUGAGUAUCGGAAACGUUAGUUUCGAUCUACAAAAGGCGAUAAAGAAGAAAGAGAUGGGGGCAAAAGAACUCGCGCGCCAUAACAAUUCAGGAUUGAAUGUCGAGCUACCACGUAGUGUGGUGGAACGAUUGCGAGAACUAUCAAGCCUCAGCAGGGGUGACACACAUGACCAAAGUUGGUUGGUCGCUCAAGCUCUAUACGCCAGCGUACCCAGUAUUGAAAGCCCACGGGAAUUUCUAACAUAA